CACAGUUUCAACUAAAACUGCAAUGAAUUGGAACGUCUUACGACCCGAAUAUGCAGCAUGGCAACCCGAAUGGACCGUGGAAGAUAUCCGGUUAACAUUUCUCAAAUGUACAAGAUGGCAGGUGGAGGAAACCUUGGAUCCGAUCAAUUGCCCUUACCACUACUUCUGUGACAGUGUUUACCCAGGAAACUACUCGCCUGCUGUGGAUUUUCUGCUUCUUUUCUUUGCAGCAGCUUCGUACUUGGCAACCCUGGUCAUUAUGGUGAUGCACAUAUCAGGUAGAGGUCAAAGUUUUAGUCAGUCAAAAAGGUACUUGCUACCUUCCGGUCCAAUUGCUCUUCCACUGAUCAUCUUGGCCUUAGCCAAGGGCCACCGGAUAAACUCUGCCUUUCCUCUCUCAUGCACCGGUCCAGCAAUCCUCCUGCUGGUUCUGAUUUCUGCUCUAACCUUCGACAAUGGAGCAGAAACAGACAUCAAGUAUGUGAUUUUUGAGACAUCAACCAUCUCUGGAAUUUUGCAUGCAAGCAUAUACUUGGAUUCUGUCAUCUUACCCUACUAUACUGGUUUUGACGCUCUAGUCUCAUCAACUUUUUCAGGUGAGUGUGCAUCUUGUGUGUGUCGUAAAGAGGUUUUGAUUGUGGGAGGAACAUUAAUAUCCUACAGGGGAUGGUCAUUGACCACUUUUUUGGUUGUGGGCACCCUGUGUUGGAGGAUUAUAUGCCGGCUUGGGGGAACAAAAAGAGGAAAGUUCAUACUGAUUAGGUCUUUGCUCGGGAGUUCAAGCUGGAUUUUGAUAAUCAUAGAUUGUGCUUAUCUAACCACAAACACCCCACCAGAGAGAUUGGUGUUGCGAGUUGCUGCUUUUGGAGGUAUAUUUGUUUUGAUUUGCCUUUAUGUAAUCAGAGCAGCAUUCACUCACAUCACACAACUACAUUCUGUGUAUAAAAGUAGGACAGCGGUUGUUUGCAACACAAGCAAGGUAGAAAUGAGAAAAUGAUUAG